CGUCCCUGUCCCGGUCCCGGUCCCUGGUCCUGGCCGGGGGAUGUAGGAGGACGCGCGGCCGAAGGUAGCCGGGCAGUGCCGCCGCCUGUCGCCUGCAAGGGCGGGCGCAGCCGCCGCCGCGGCCGUGUGGCUGUAGGCGUUCCCCGGGGAGACCGGGAAGGGGCACGGCUGCUCCCCGCCUGCCCCCCCGCCGCCGGUCCCGCCCGGCUCUCCGUGCCUUUGGCGUGUGCCUGCCCGUGCCGCGGGGCCAUGGAGCGCGCGUUCACGCCGCUGGAAUGCCUCCUGCCCGCCGGGAACCUGAAGUUUUGCCUUCUGAUUCUGAACCAGCCUUUGAACAAAGGUCAUUUCCAUUGUCUGUGGAACAGAGCUGCCCUGAGAGCUUGUGCUGAUGGAGGUGCCAAUCAUCUCUAUGACAUCACAGAAGGGAGCCAGGAAAGCUUCUUGCCUGAUUACAUCAGUGGUGAUUUUGAUUCCAUUCAGCCUGAAGUCAAGGAGUACUACAAGGUCAAGGGAUGUGAGUUAAUUGAGACCAUGGAUCAGGACCUCACAGAUUUCACCAAGUGCCUUCAAAUACUCCAGAAAAAGAUAGAGAAGAAGGGCCUCCAGGUCGAUGUGAUUGUGGCUCUGGGUGGACUUGGAGGACGCUUUGACCAAACAAUGGCAUCGGUAGAAACGCUUUUUCAUGCAACAAAUAUCACUCCUUCUCCAGUGAUAGUUAUCCAGGAGUGCUCGCUGAUUUACCUGCUUCAACCUGGCAAGCACAAGCUGCGCGUGGACACGGGCCUGGAGGGCCCCUGGUGCGGCCUCAUCCCCAUCGGGAGCCCCUGCGAGAGUGUGACCACCACGGGCCUCAGGUGGAAUCUCACUAACCAGGUGCUGAAGUUUGGAACACUCGUCAGUACUUCCAACACCUAUGACGACUCCGGGAUUGUGACCAUCGAGACGGACAAACCUCUGCUGUGGACAAUGGCUAUCAAGAGCUAAGAUCAGCUACAGCUGCCUUUUCUGAUCUGACACGACUCAAAUUACUACAAAAUUUCACUGAAUUAAGACAGGAAAGCUGCUGCAUGAUGGAAGCAGGCACUGAUUUUCUGUAUUGAAUGAAAAAGAAGUCUGAAAUAAAAGUCACUUGAGAUUGAAUCAAAA